AUGGCGCCCACUAGACCUCUCCUCCUUCUCCUUCCAUUCCUCACAAAGGUCCUCUCCCAGGCCACCCCGAUCUACAUCAAUGAGGUCCCUCUGUAUUCCCAGAUGGCCAGCUGCGCCGAAGCCCCCGUUAGCAGUAUCGUCCGCGAUAUGUAUGACGGCUGCGGCGACCACGGCGCGACCACAUCCUACACCUGCUUCUGCACGGCCAGCUCCUCGAUCUUCAACCACAAGAUCGCAACCGCCGUCUCCAGCGCGUGUAAUGGAACGGCUGCGGACGUCAGUACUGCGUUAGAGGUCUAUCAGAGCUAUUGUGCGAUUGGCGUCACUGCACUGUCAAACAUAGCGACUACGACAUCAAGCCUCUCCUCAACACCCACCAGUAGUACCUCCUCUACGACGUUACCCAUCAUAAAUCUCUCUCCAGAUCCCACCUCGACGCCCACCCACUCCCUCGCAUCUUCAACCUCCACCUCCUCCCCCAUCUCCCACGCCCACACCUCUCCCUCCUCCGGCGCCAAAGCCGGCAUCAUCAUCGGCUCCAUCAACGCCUCUCUCCUCCUCCUCUACCUCCUCAUCUUCCUCUUCCGCCGUCGCCGUCGCCGCCAUCCUUCCCACUCCUCAUCCUCUCCCCCCUCCACUCACCCCCAAAAGCCUACCGACCCCCCACCAGCUGACCCUAUUAUCUCCGCCUCGCAAUACCCUGGAAUUUCACAACAGCAGCAGCCGCCCCUGCGCUAUCAUGAUAACGGCCUCAUCUCGCAGGACGGCACUUUUAUCUAUGAGAAGCCGGCUUCUGGGGAGGAUGCGCCUAAAGAAUUACCAAGCUCGUUAUGUCAUCCUCGUGUUGAGUUGGCGAGUCGGUGA